UUCAAAACAUCUAUCACUCACAACAAGAAUACUUUUCUAAAGUGAAUCGUUCUCACUGCUACAUGCUAUUUUUUUUAAAUCUCAUGCCUGGAUUUUGUUGUAAAAACUGAAGGAGUAGGCUGAGAUAUUUGACAGAGAUGGGAAGGCAAUUCUUGGCAGUUUUCCUGGCUUUACUGGGCUUCCUGGGCACCAUCCUCAUAGCUGCUCUGCCCAUGUGGAAGAUGUCUGCCUUCGUGGGAGCCAACAUUGUAACAGCGCAGAUUUUCUGGGAAGGCUUAUGGAUGAACUGCGUGCUGCAGAGCACUAGUCACAUGCAGUGCAAGGCAUUUGACUCUAUUUUGGCUCUGCCUCAAUAUCUCCAGGCCACUCGGGCCUUGAUCUGCUUCUCCCUUGCUGCUGCCGUUGUCGCCAUUGGCUUAAUGGUUGUUGGGGCCAGAUGUACCAACUUCUUCCGUGACGAGCUGAAUAGGAAAGCCAGGAUUGGUAUAGUAGCUGGGGUGGUCUACAUAAUCGCAGGGAUUCUGUGUUUGAUCGCUGUUAGCUGGUCAGCACAUACCAUCAUCCAGAGCUUCUACAAUCCUCAAGUCAUCGCGGCGAGCAAGGGAGAGUUAUGUGAAAAGGGAAAAUUGGGGAAAAUGGUAUCCCAAAAACUUCAAAUCCUGGGCCUCGUUAUGGCACUUAUUGGUUUUGUAGGCAUCAUUGUCAUCUGUGGUUUACCAGCCUGGAAGAUGUCUGCUUUCAUUGGAGCCAACAUUGUGACUUUCCAGGUGUAUUGGGAAGGCUUAUGGAUGGAUUGUGUGGUUCAAACCACAGGCCAGAUGCAGUGUAAGGUCUACGAUUCCCUCCUUAUUCUUCCUGUACAUCUGCAGGCAGCUCGAGCCUUGAUAAUCGUUGCUCUUGUUGUUGGAAUCUUUGGAAUUAUCGUAACCAUCAUUGGCGGCAAAUGCACCAGUUUUGUACAGGAUGAGAGUGCUAAGGCUAAGAUCGCCAUCACUAGUGGGAUCCUCUUCAUCAUCACAGGGAUUCUCGUCCUCAUUCCAGUGUGCUGGACCACAAACGCUAUUAUCAGGGACUUUUACAAUCCUGCCCUUACGGAUGCCCAAAGGAGGGAACUGGGACCUUGUCUGUAUAUCGGCUUCGGAUGUGCUGCACUUCUCAUUGCAGGUGGGGCCCUCCUCUGUAGCUCAUGUCCACCAAAAGAUGACACUCCCUAUCAUGUGAAAUACUCUCAGCCCAAAUCUACAAUGAGCAGCAGCAAGGUUUAUGUGUAAGACAUUUUAGUAAUCACUUUAGUGGACUGGUAAAAUGAGCAGGCAACUUAAUCAAGGAACUUCUUAGCACUAUCCAGCGUGAAUUAGACUAAAAUCUGUCAGUGGUAUUUAAAGUGCUACCAGAAAUGUUGCUAUAAGCUGGUCAUUUCUAUUGCAUACAAAACAUUGUCAAGAAACUUCAUGGGGUUUAUGGUGACCAACAUGGAAUUUUAUACAAAAUGCAAAACAUGCAAUUGUAUGUAAUCAUUUGUAUUUAAGCUAUGUUGUAAAAUCUCAAAAGCAAUAAGGAUAUAUGUACUACUUUUAUGUAUUAUAUAUACAUGCUCAUUUAUAUGGCAGCUUUUGGAAAGUGCUGAAUCACUGCCUCUGAAGGUCAGACUCAUUGUAAUGCUAUAUCCUACACUGCGAAUUGUUUUUGUCAAACCCUUUUUCAAGCUAAAAAAUUACACUUAAAUUGAAAAUGUAAUCAUUUUGAAACACAGCAUGGUACAGUAGUUAACAAAAUGGUGAGGGAAAUUUAUUUUCAUUGUUUCUAUAACAUUAAUUGUAUCCACACAUGCAUGUGAAUUUGUUGACAGAGAAAAGAUGUGAUUGUAUGGAAAUUCUAUUGACCUUUAAAUUGAAAGAAACUAAAGUCAAUCAGUGGUAUGUAAAGUGCUCAUAAUAUGUAAAACAUCAUAAUGCAACAUCAUGGGCUUUUUGCUAACUAACCAAGAAUUUUACACAAAAUCAAAAAUAGUAUCAUUUACGGCCACCAGAAGUGGCAAACCUUCCAAAAUUUCUCCAAGAGCACAGCAACUACUUCUCUAGGAAGUCACAAAAGAGUCAAAGACAUCAUCAAAGGAACUAAAGGCCUCUCUUGCAUCAAUAAAUGUCACUGUUCAUGAAUCCACUAUCAGAAAGACACUGGGCAAAAAUGGCAUCCCUGAAAGAGUGGCGAGGUGAAAACCACUGCUAACCCAGAAGAACAUUAAGGCUUGUCUGAAUUUUGCCAAAACAUACCUUGAUGAUCCUCAAACCUUUUGGGUGACUGUUCUGUGGAUUGAUGAAUGGAAAGUGGAACUGUUUGGAAGACAGGGGUCCUGUUACAUCUGGCGUAAACCAAACACAGAAUUCCACAAAAAGAACAUCAUACCUACGGUCAAGCAUGGUGGUGGAAGUGUGAUGGUGUGGGAAUGCUUUGCUGCUUCGGGGCCUGGGCAACUUACAAUAAUUGAGGGAAACAUGAAUUCUGUUCUCUGCCAGAAAAUCCUAAAGCAGAAUUUCUGGUCUUCAGUCCGUAAGUUGAAACACAAGUGCAACUGAAUUAUGCAGCAAGACAAUUAUCUAAAGCAUAGGAGUAAGUCCUAGUCCUAGAAGUAAGUGAAAGACUGCUCUCAUUAUCGGAAGCGUUUGGUUGCAGUUAUUACUGCUAAAGGUGGCACAACCAGAUUUCAAGUCUAAGGGGGCAAUUAGUUUUUCACAUAGGUGAUAAGUGUUGGAUAACUGGUUUUGCUUCAAUAAAAAAUAAAUAAAUGAAUAAAAACUG